AGCAAGCCAACUGUUCACUCCGCCCGCAGCUGCGCACAUACGUUCACGGAGCUAGCGCACACAUGGGCAACGCCGUGCCGCGCAAUAUGCGCCACGAGGGGACGCCGGCUGUUCCACUUCCAUCCGGACGCGCGAGCUCGGCGGCACGCAUGCAUGGCGGGAAGGUGGCGCGGGCCGCCGGGGACCGACGCGGGGCCGAGGGGCAGCAGGCGGGCGGCAGCGGCAGCGGGUCCGCCGUCGUGAUGACGGUGAAGGUGGUGGUCACGAGGAAGGAGGCGGCGAAGCUGAUCGCGCGGCUGGAGGAGCAGAGCGCGAGGGCGCGCAAGGCCAGGAUCGCCGAGCUCACGGGCCAGCUCAGGGCGGGGGACGGCGGCGGCGGCGGAAGGAGCUCGGUGACGUGCGGGGCCUCGCGGGCGCCGAGGCUCGCCGCGAUACAGGAGAGCUAGCUCCGCGUAUUUGCAUGUCCUGGCCUGGGCUCACGCGCAGUAGCCACCGGCGGACUUGUCUGUAGUUUACGAGUUUUAGUACGUACGCAGUGUCUUAAACACUGGUCACUCGCCACUCGGCCCUGUGCUCUGUUCAGUUGUUGCAUAUAGUUGUAGUUGGAA